UACACUUGUAGAUGAUAUAAGCGAAUUGAUCACAAAGUGAAAGUAGACCAAGAAGUCUGACACAUGAUGCAAUAAAUUAAAUGUGAUGUUACGUGAAUUAUGGCUACAGAGUCUGUCAUCGGUGCCAUCAAGGCGAGGAUGGUAUUACAACAAUGCCUUUCUGCCAGACUUCAGGUCGAACCCGGUACCGAGUGUGAGGAAGCGAAAUAUGUCGAGAUUGGGAAAGGCUUAAUUAUAUAUGUGUGUUUCAUGAAAGGUGCCACAGAGGAAAUGGUGCAAAAAAUGGUGAAGUGUGCACUGACUACGUGUUUGAGCCAAUUAGAGGAUCCAUCAGCAACCAAACGGGUAUCGGUAUUGGACCUUCCUGGAGAUGUGCUCAUCAUUCCUCAGGCUACACUGGGAGGAAUCCCUAAAGGGAAAUCAAUGCAAUAUCACAAAAACAUUGCCAAAGAGGACGGUAAAAAAUUAUAUGCAAACUUUGUGUCUUUGUGCGAGGCCACAUUACACAUGUCAGAGAAAGCCAGAGAACAGGAAAAACAAGUUCGGGCAGGGACUUACGGAAACAUACAGGUGUUCCGAACAGACACAAAUGGACCAUUUACUCAUCUUCUCGAAUUUUAGAUGUUUUAAAAAUAAAAUAUAUCAAGAAAUAAA